AUGAAGGAGAAACCACUUGAAACGGUGACGUUGCCAUCAAAAGUUCAACAUUUCUCAUGGCCACCUGGACAAGCGUUCCCAUUCGACACGCUGCCGCCGUAUCCCGCAGGUCCCAACCUAUCGAAGGUGCGGUAUCCACGAGAUGUAUGUUCGCCACGUUAUGUUUGUCCACACUGCAGCGAGCAGUUUCUAUUUCACCGCCUUCGUGGAGCAGUUGCGUGUCCAUUUUGCUACAAUCGAGUGUCUGUCGGAUUCUACAAUCGACGUUGGGCUUAUCGAUAUCUCGCCUACGCUUGCGUGCUGUUCGCGUUGAGUCUUCUGUUGGCCGCACUUUUCAUCAUCCUUAUUCCGCAAAGAGUUUACCUUGUUAUAAUUGCCUGUUUUUCGUUGUUGUUUUCGCUGGUGUGUUUUAUCAAAUCGUCACAUUUGCGAUCGGCCGCUGAGGAGGCCACCAUGGUAAUCGACGAGUACUGA